UCGCCCGUAGGAAUGUUUGCCUGCCGGUCCAGGAUGGCGCCUCGGCGUUCGUCUCAUCCCUGACCGAAUCCUUUCCCAGCGCUCAGUGCAGCCACAUCUGAUAGAACUACAGCAUGUCGCUCCACAGCCUCUGUGUUCAAGCUGUCCUUCUCAUAAGCGUCCUGUCUCUCUGCUCACCCUCAGGUGGUUCUGGGUCUGAGAGUAGGCUACAGAGGAUCCUCAUGAAACGAGAGGCAAAAGAGCCGGAAGCCAGGUCUAAAGCACAGAUCGCAGUGUCGCCGGUCAAGGCUAAAGAGUUUCUUUCAGUUUUGCGCAGGUCUAAGAGAAAUGUAUGGGACCGGAGCCGCCCUGAUGUCCAGCAGUGGAUCCAGCAGUUCAUGUACAUGGGCUACGACGAAGCAAGACUUGAGACUGAUCUCUCCUAUUGGAUGGACCAAGCCAGAUCAAAUGACCAGGGUCGGCAGCAUCAUCAUGAUGAGAACGCACCUAUGAGUCAACAGGAUCCCGGUUCCUACAGACACGGGGCCAAUGUCAAUUAUGAUUACUAUUAAAACCCCUAGAACUAAAACCCCUAGACUAUUGCCUGACUUGUAAAUCACUUUAUUGCUUUAAGCCAUGUACAUAUCACAGAAAUAGUAUCUUCUGUAGAUGUUUUUUUAUGUUAGUAUGAUUAUGCAAUCGCUUUAGCGGAAGCAAAUCAAAAUAGAUAGAGGGAUAAAUACACAGUAAGAUUGCUUUUUUCCUGUUUGUAUUCUAUGAUGUAUUACAUCCUGACUGUAUUGUAAAUAUAAUGGUAGCUUGAAGUGGCUACAUCUUAAAUAAAACUUAAAUUGACGUAACAGA